AUGCAUGACGGGGCAAGUAUCGAGCGCCUGCAAGGCCACGACGAGGCUGAGGCCCUGGGCUGCCCCAAGUGCCCGGCGAGCCCCCGCCUGCUCCCCGAGGACCCCCGCGUCGCGCUGUGGCACCCACCCAUCUCGCCCUACGGUCUGCUGGAGGAGGAGCUCUACCCUGACCCCUGGAAGCUGCUGGUGGCCUGCAUGCUCCUGAACAAGACCACGAGCCGGGCCGUGCGCUCCGUCAUCUGGACGCUCUUCGACAUGUGCCCCGGCCCCUUGGUGGCAGCGGUCACCCACGUGGCCCGCAUCCAGGCCCUCAUCCAGCCCCUGGGCCUGGCCAACAAGCGGGCGGAGGCCAUCCAGCGCCUGUCCUGGGAGUAUGCCCACAAAGACUGGCGGGACCCGCAGGAGCUCCACGGCGUGGGUCGGUACGGGGCGGACGCCUACCACAUGUUCUGCCGGGGCCUAUGGCGCGAGGCCGACCCUUCGAACAUGGCGGGAGCGUCCUCACCGCCCUCCAAGGCCCCCGCUGAGCCCCACACCCCCGAUACAGAGGCCUCCAAGGCCGAGUGCGUGUGCGUGGCCGUCCACGUGCGGCCCCUCGUUGAAUCGGAGCUGGCGGAGGGGUGUGAGCACGCCCUCACCGUCACCCCCGGCCUGCCACAGGUUGGGCAUGGCGCCCACCGCUUCACCUACGACCACGUCUUUGGCGGAGACAUGGGGCGCCCCGCCUGGGAGCUGUACGGCGCCUGCGUGGCGCCGCUGGUGGAGGGCCUGUUCUCCGGCUACAAUGCCACCGUGUUUGCCUACGGCCAGACCGGCUCCGGCAAGACCUUCACCAUGGGCAGCAGCGGCUUCGGCGCGCGGCCCGAGGAGGCCCGCGGCGUCAUCCCUCGCGCCAUGGAGGACCUGUUCGGCCACGUGACCCAGCGCCCCGCCAUGCACUGCACCGUGCGCAUCCGCGAGGUGCCGGGCCAGGGCGUCUGCCUCGCCGGCGCCGCCGAGGUGGAGGUGACCAGCCGCGAGGAGCUGGCCGCGGUGCUGGAGGCGGGCAGCGUGCUGCGCGCCACCGCUGCCACGGGCAUGAACCGCCGCUCCUCCCGCUCCCACGCCAUCUUCACCGUCACCGUGGAGCAGCGGCGGAUGGAGGAGGGCGAGGAUGGUUCCGAGAGGCUCAAGCGCACCGGCGCCACGGGGGCCCGCCUCCAGGAGGGCAUCGACAUCAACAAGGGCCUCAGCGAGCUGGGCAAUGUGAUCAGCGCGCUGUCGGAGGGCAAGCCCCACGUCCCCUACCGCAACUCCAAGCUGACGCGCAUGCUGCAGGCGCGUGCAAGCUGGGAAACAGGGGGAGACUCGCUGGGGGGCAACAGCCGGACGCUGAUGGUGGCCUGCGUGUCCCCCGCCGACAUCAACCUGGAGGAAAGCAUGAACACGCUGCGCUACGCCUCGCGCGCGCGCAACAUCCGCAACCGCCCCGUGGUGAACCGAGACCCCGUGGCAGCCCAGCUGGCGCACCUGCGCCAGCAGCUGGGCAUGGCGCGAGCCGAGGCCGCCCGCCUCAAGCAGCGGCUGGCGGUGUAUGAGUCUGGGGCCGGGUCCUCCCACCAACUGGACCACGACCUACAUUCCAUGCUUUCCAGGGACGAGGCCCUGGGGGCAGCCAUGGUCGACGCGGGGCGCCGCCUGCGCGCCGCCGAGCUGGAGGUCGACAAGCUGCAGGCCGAGAGGGACGAGCUGGCGAGCGAGGUCCGGGCCGCGUCCCUGGCCGUGCUGCGGGCUGGGGAGGAAAGAGAGGCGCUGGCCCGCGCGCUGGCGACCGCGGACCCCACGGCCGCCGCCACGCUCGCCGCGCAGCCCGUGCCGGGCCCCUCGGCCGCGCUGCUCGCGCGCGACGACGAGGAGGCGCGGGCACACGCCGCCGCGCACGCGCGCGAGGUCGCCGACGUGGAGCGCCAGCUGGGCGCGCUGCAGCUGAGCCUGGAGGCCAAGGAGCGUGCGGCGCUGGCGCUGGCCGGGCACGCCGCGCUGCGCGACGCGCUCUCUUCCCAGCUGGCGGGGCUGGCCGCGGAGCGCGACGGCCUGGCGCGCGAGCGCGCGGUGCUGCUGGCCGAGCUGGAGAGGCUGGCGCAUGCGGGGGAGGAGGAGCGCGCGCGCCUGGCGGACGACUACAGGCGCCGGCUGGCGGCGCUGGACCGCCAGCUGGCGGCGCUGCGCCAGAAAGAGCGCCGCGUGCGGGAGCUGGAGCGCCUCAAGGCGCGGGCGGAGGAGACGUGUGCGCGGCUGGAGCGCGACAUCGCCGGGAUCAAGACCGCCAAGGCCGCGCUGCAGCGCCGGGGGGAGGCCGCGGCGCGGGAGCACCUGGAGUGGCAGCGCGCGCGGGAGCGCGAGGUGGCGGCGCUGCGCAAGGAGGGGCGCGCCGCGGCGGCCAGCCUGCACCGCCUGCAGGCGCUCAGCGCCAAGCAGCAGGCCGUGCUGCGGCGCAAGACGGAGGAGGCGGAGGCCGCGCGGCGCAGGCUCAAGGAGAUGGAGGAGCGGAGGCCGCACGCGCUGGCGCCGCUGCUGCGCGACGAGCGGGCGCGGCGCGCCUGGGUCGAGCGCGAGCUGGAGGCCUGCUGCGCCGCCGGCGACCUGCAGCGUGUGCUGGAGGGCGAGCUGGUCCAGCGCUCCGCCGCCGCGCGGCGGUUGCGCGAGGACAAGAUGGAGGCCCACCGCCUGGCCGCCGAGGCCGAAGCCGCGCCGGCGGCAGCCGUGGUGGGCGAGGCUGCCGGCGACGCCCAGCCACCGCACCUCGCCGGCGCGACACGCCCUCCCCUGGAUGACACCGACGCGGCGGCCGCGGCGCUGCUGGCCCAGCUGGAGGCGUGCAUCGGGCCGGGGAGCGGCGUGGACGCCGCCUGCCGCGGCGGCGACGAGGGCGAGGGCGCGUGCGUCGUGGAGCGGGACGCCACUGUGCGCCGCGGGCCGGCGCCCCUGCGCCUCCCCCGCCGGGCCUCCUCGCCGGCGGUGAGCGCGGCGGGGACGCCGGGGUCGCAUGCGCUGGCCGACCCCGCCUCCCCGGAUGUUCCUUGCUGGGAGGGGCGCUGCGACGACGACGACGACGAUGAGAGUCCCAGCAGCAGCAGCAGCGAGGAGGACGACGAUGCGAGGGACAGGGCCUACACCCCUUCCCAAGCCACGCCCGCCCCCGCGGCCAGGCGGCGGCGGCGGGGGAGGGGCCGGAGCCUGGAGCGCGGCAGCACCCGCGUCGGCGGCCAUGCGACCGGCCGUGCGAGCCUGUCCCACGAGGCGCCGCUCCUGGCCUGGCUCAACGCCUGGCUGGCGCAGCAGGGGAGGCCCACCCUGGCGCGCCUCACGGUCCCGGUGCUCCGCGCCUUCCUCGACGGCACUGCGGCCGGGGAGGAGGGGGUGAGCGAGGAGGCGCGGGCGCGGACGGCCGCGCUGAAGGCCGCCAUCGAGGAGCAGCUGCGCAAACCCACCCUCUCCCAGCUCCAGGCCAUGGCCGCCUCGCCGCUGCGUGCAAGCAACGGCGCCGCUCCCCCCGCCCCGCACCAUUCGCCGGCACGGAGUCUGGACGGCGAGAAUCGGGGCGCCGAGGCCGGUGGCCAGCCCAGGCCCCCCCACGGCGCCAAGCGCGCAAGCGAGGGUGCCAGGGCGGGCGACGACGCGCCGCGCGAGGGGUCGCCGGCCAAGGCGCCGGGGUCCGCCCCGGGGACGGCGCGUGUCUUCCUCCCGACCACCAGCCCCGUGCGGAGGAGGGCCUGGAUCUGA